AUGGGUCGGUGGCUCGCAUGGGAUCCUGCUAUUUUAUCCCAACUCAGCGAGGCUCAUCAAGCUCUGUUCCCUGCCAUUCUUACCACCAAGCGCGGUGUGGACAGGAAUGUCGUGCGUCUCCUGAGGGACCGGACAGAAGGAAACACCAUGGUCAAGGUGUGGCGGCAGAUAGAGGAGAAUCACGUGGAAGAGUACCUUCGAUGCAAGGACCUCUACACCACGCUCCUUAUGGCUUUAGUGGCACCCGGAGGGAUCGUCUCUGCAUUGAAGCAGACGUUCAAGGCACCACCUCCUCAGAGAGAGAUCCCCUCUGCGCGUCUCUUGCGCCACGCCUUCCUGCUGGCCGAGGCCGACAAUGUGCGGGACUACCGGAGCCAGAUCCUCUCCACUUUUGGCACUGUGCUGAAAAUGGAUUCCACCAAGAAAGUGGUGAAGAAGCUGUCCGGCGAAGGUCAUGGCUCAGCCGAAUGGUUCACCAGCAUAGGAAACGAGCAUUCUCAAAUAGUUUCCUUUGUUCUCACUUGUGAGGAGUCCGCAAAGGAGCUGCAGCCGAUGUGCCACGGUGUCAUGGAAAGGUUUCGGCUGGCGGAUCAACCCGUCCCCAAAAUUCUCUAUGUGGACCGUGGGUGUUGCCGUGAAAAGGGACCGACAGCGUUGGAAACCAUGUUCCAGCCUUGGGUGGACAAUGGGAUGGUUGUGCGUCUGGACAUUUUCCAUUGGAUCCACCGGUUUGACGCAGCCAUCCGAUCAGAGUCGCACUGCAAGUACGCCAUUUUCAAGUCUGCCGUAGCUGGGGCAGUGCUGGCGUACAACCGCACGGACUUGGAGCUGCUCAUCAAGGCGGUCAGAGCCAAGGACCCGGCAGCGCUGAAGUCCGUGUCGGACGAGGAUGUGGUGCGGCUCUACAUUCCCAGGGAGCAGCUGAAGCAUCACGUGCGGAGGGUCACACUCGGGGCUCAGGAAACGUUCCAGCUCAUCCAGCUGGCCAUCGAGGAGCUUAAAGGUCCCGCCGGUCUGGAUGAGAAUGGAGUGAGCCUCUUCAAAACACCAGAGGCCAUUGAUGAGAUCUGGGCGGAGCAGCAGCGGCAUCUGGAGUGCAUCCAGGAUCCACCAGACAUGAGCAUGUAUAGGGUUGCACGUAACACAUCCAUCAACAAUGUGGAUGUGCCCUAUUAUAAAUGUCUGCGUGGAAGCAACAGCCUGGAAGGAUUCCACAAAGCUCUGCCGCAGAUGAUUCCAGGUCCUCACUGCGCAGCGCGGCCCUAUCAGGUUUACCUGCUAAGCGGCAUUGCGCGGUGGAACUCUGACAGGAGCUCAGAUGCCGUGUUUGGUGGCAGAGGACGGCGCCACAGGACCUACUCUGCGCCGCUGAUUGACCGCCUCAACACCCGCUGUCAGCAGCUGUUUGGUGAGACCGUGGAAGAGAACUUCCGGACCCCUGCUGAUGUCCCUUCCGACGAGCUGCUUGGGUUAGAGUACCUGUUCAGCCAGAGCACAGGUCUAUCGGGCACAUUUUCCCUUAGCGGCAUUGUCGAUGAUGGACCUGGUCCGGAGGAGGAGGUGGUUCAGCCCGGGCGGCCUGAUCCAGACGAGGCGUACGAGAGCGAUGUGGACCCACAGGACGAUGUUCCGGAUGCUGUCCUCGCCCGCAUCACACUCACCAGCGAUGAAACUUCCACUGUCUAUCCUCCGGCCUUUGAGGACGCCUGCAGCCCAAAUCCUCUUCCUGGCUUUCAAAAGCUGGAAAGGUUCUGCUCUGUGUUGGUGGAGAUUGGCUUGCUAGACGACAAGCUGUCACUCAGCACAGAGCAGCGGAACAGGGUCCUUGAAGCCUGGAAUGUCAUGGAAGAGCAUGACAAGCAUCCACAGCGAUUUAACCAGCUGUACAGAUCACACUGGGGCAACACCCUCUACUGCCGCACGAAAAGAGAUGACCCCUUCGAGGCUGCAGUAGUACAGCGGGUGAAGAUGGCCAAGCGGUACGCUCCAGCCCAACACGACAUCAGCGCGCAGCACAACAGACUGAUGUACACGCUGGUGAAACUGUUGUGGUUGCACUCACCUCAAGGGUCUCGCACCAGCCCUGAGAAGACCUUCAUCGUAAAGGCGUACCAGCGAAUCCAGCACCGGAUUUUGGUGGAGGAUCCAGUCCUCUGCAAGGCUGGCAUUCCUCUGCCAAAGAUUAACACAAAGACCGUGCGGGACUUCAUUCGGCGCCAAGAGAGGCUCCUCAACAUGCGGGCAACAAAACAGCCGUUGACCGUCACAAAGACCACCUCCAUCUCAUCCGUUGACCUACCUCCGGCACCACACCAGCCAGCGGUCCUCCCUGCACCAGACUACCCCCGGAUGGAAUAUGUGCCCACACCCAGCACGGCAGGCACAAAGGUGUUAAAGGGAAGGACAGAUGUGGUGAUGCCACUCUCCCGGCCUCAACCACCACUGUCGGCACCGCUGAGGAAAACCCCGCCCACUUCUACCAUCACCAGGCCCUUGACCUCCCUCUCUGCAUCUGCAGCAGCCCCUGCGAUUGCUGGUCCCUCCACACAGCCCAUGAUGCUCGCCAGUGCAUCAGCCCCUCUGAUUGCUGGCCCCUCCACACAGCCCACAAUGCUUGCGAGUCAGUCAGCUCCUGCGAUUGUUGGUCUGCCCAUCUCAUCCUAUCCAUCUUUGCCCAUGAUGCCCGCUUCUGAAAGCACAUUCUACAGCACUGACAGUCCUUCAGCCUGGGCGAGAGCUACGCUGUAUAAGCGUAAACUGAAGGAAGCUCCCUCAGGUAUUGGAGAGAAAUUAUCACGGGUGCAAAAUCUCCCCGUUUGUACACUCUGCCGCCAACCGACCCAGGGACACAAGAAAUACAAAAAAAAGAGUUUCUGUCCAGUAAAAAUGAUGUCUCCAUCUAAAGGUCUAAGCAGCAGAGUGUAUGAUAGCUACGAACACUUUAUGUCUGUUGUGGAUGACUUUUAGGAAUGAGGUGUAGCUCCUCUUCUCUCCUUGGGGAUCGGCAAAUGUAAAUAGUUGAAUGUAAAAUAGUUGUUUAAACCAUGCUCCGUGUUUUUUAUUAAUUCCCUUAACUGUAGUGUUGUGGUGUUAUUACUUGGUACAAUGCUGCUAUAAAUCAUCAGUGUAACAUGUAAGAGCAUUAACAACAUUAUAACAUUGCUGCAAUUAUUGAUCUCUGCACUUUGUGAAUUCUCAUCCAUGGUACAAUGCUGCUAUAAAUCAUCAGUUGUAAC